AAUACAAUAUUUUUUGUCAGUACUUAAACUUUUUAAAAGAACUUGGUGUUUGGACGUGACGUAUGCCUAGGGGCCUGUUGUCGUGGCGCAAGCUUCUAGCCUGUCUUCACUUCUUACCAACAUCUCUAUACCUCCCUGGAGCUUCAACCAUGGCUGGCAUUCUUGCUCUUGUGCACCUUCAACAUGCUGAUCGAGCUGAUAAAGCAAGGUUACCAAGGAGACUGGUCAAGGAUCACCAAAACCCUUUUGCUGCCUACUCUGAGGAUGAGUUCAUUCGGAGGUACCGGCUGUCAAAGGAGUGCAUUCACACCCUUCUUGGCCAAGUGGAACCAGAUUUGCCAAGAGCCAAGGAUGGACGAGGUUGCAGUAUUCCAGCAUACCUCCAGCUCCUCACAGCAAUGAUGUAUUUUGCCACAGGAAGCUCCCAGAUAUGUAUGGCUGACUGCCUGGGGAUGUCUGCUGCCUCUGUAUGUAAAAUUGUUAGAAGUAUCUCAACCAUUUUAUGUACUCGAGCUCGGACUUAUAUAAAAAUUUCCAGAGCCAACUGACAUUCCUGACCUUGCCUCCAAUUUCUUCAAUAUUGCUGGCAUGCCAGGUUGUAUUGGUUGUAUUGAUGGCUCAUACAUCAAUAUAAUAAGCCCUGGAGGUGAUCAUGUGGAACUCUAUAGAUCACGAAAGGGCCGCUUUGCCAUCAAUCUUAUGGGGAUUUGUGAUUAUA